AUGUCGAAUCAAUCUCGCGAAAGCGCAACGCGUCGCUACUCGGCCGUGACACUCCUUUUCACCGUCCUGGGCGCACUGGGCCAGGUGGCUUCCGCGGCGAGCAGCUCCCAGGAGACCGGCGGAGAAGGAUAUCUCCCCGGCGAGGGAAUUCCGAUAACAGACGACCUCGGCAACCUCAAAUACGUCCCCUUUGCCAUAUGCAACGAAACUGCCUCACCCUUGUCCCUGCACUUCGGCACCUCCGAGACAAUAAGCUGCACCGUCCCUACCGUCUCCGAUGAUUUCUACCACAUCCUCGAAUUCUACGUGCAUUCCGACGCACCCAUGUCCUGCCGCGUGCCCACCGCGCCGCUCUCGUCCUUCCACAGCAGCCCGAAAAGCAGCAACGACGAUCCCAACGACGAGAACAGCUCUCUCGCGGCGCUGAAUGAGAACGGCCCGUCGUUUACGCCAGUCACAAUGGCUGUGCAGGGGACGCUGCAACUGAGCCAUUUGCAUAUCUGGACUGAUAUGAACGUGCUGCUGCAUGAUCUUGCGGCCGAUCCGGCGGCGCAAAAGCACAAGGGAAAGAAGAAGACCACGGAGCCCGGGUAUGUGAUGGCCGGGACGGCAUACUCGGUCCCCGAGUUCGACGCCAAGUCCUCGCAGGAUGAAGACGAGCAGGCCAUCGCUCUUGUCCGCGCUGCGCGCCAUCCCUGGACACCAGGACACGGCACAAAAGUCAUUCGCGGCGAGCCACUCACCUUCUCCUUCCACGUUGAUUGGGUGCAAGGCGGCGCGUCGAUCGGCUGGCCCGCCCGCACACCGGGCAAGUCGUUCCUCUCCGAGAACGAUGCAAAAUCAGAGACCCACUUCUUCUCACGGCUGUUCUUCUUCGUCAUGGCUGCGUCGGUGGGCGCAUUGGCUGCGCUACACUGGGAGCGCAAUGGCCGGCGCUGGCGGCGUGGCUCUGUUCCGUCUUCAUGGCGCGGCGAUGGCAUGCUGGGUGGUCUGCCGACGGUUAGGGGAAAGGGUACGGGUGUUGCCUUUGGAAACGGAGGUCGCAUUAAUGGGUAUGGCGGGUAUUCUCCGGCUCCUCCUAGUAAUGGAGUCGGGGCGCCUGCUAAUGCGGGAGGACAUUUUGGGUAUGCUGGAUUUGGAAGUGGGAAAAAGGAUUGA